AGAUGUCAAAGCAUCUCUACAAGCAGUACGUCAGAAUCGCCGGAAAAUGGCCGAAAGACGCAUUUCGGGCGCCGGAAAGAGACUUCUCCAAUUUCCUCGUCAAAGAAAUCGAACGGCAAUUCCAGCCGGGAGUCGUCGCCUCUCAAGCGAUUUGCGAGAAACGUCUUCAGGCGCUCGAGCAGCUGCUCAACAACGAAGUGCUCAAAAAACACCCGAAUUCGUACUCCUCCGGCGUAUUUGGAAUGCGAUUAGCCGAUCUACAGGCGGCCUCGAGUGAAGAAAGCCGAAAACAGAUGGGUCUACAGCCGAAAGUAUCGAUUUUCAAGCGAUUAUAUCGAUCCGUCGUGCCCGAGAAGAAAUAAUCGAUUUUUAUUGGAUUUUUUUAGCUUUUUGAACGAUAAAAUUGCUUUAUUU